CGCCAUCUGAUGUCAAGCCGGUUGGCUGUGGAAAAAGAAACUAAGGUGCGUUAAUGAGCGACGCGGUGUGACGGUGACAACACGCGACGGUCCGAGACAAACAACACCACAUCUAUCCUCCUCCAUCAUGGACAAGACCAAGUCCAAGCUAGCUUCCUCCAAUUUGUCCCAUUUUUUCGACAAUGAAGAAGACGAAUCUUCGUUCCCAUCUAAGACAGUCGAUGACGCAAAAGUGAACCAGUACACCUCUGGAAAGUUGAAGAAAUCACGCCGGGAGAAAGAGCAAGAGGCUGCAGAGGCAAAGAAACGAGAAGAAGAAGUCAACGCCGCCAAAGCCUAUGCUGAAUUUUUGGAUGCAUUUGAAGGCGAUGACAGGAAAACUCGCUCAACCUUCGUCAAGGCAGGUACGGCGGCAGGGGCAGAACAUACCUAUGGCCACCCAACUACCGCGUCGGAGCGGAGAUCUCAUGGAAGGAAUAAGUCUCUCUCGCCGCCAAGCACAGCUCCUCCUAAGCCCAAGGGGAAGCGUGCAAUGGAUUCCUUCCUUGAAGAAAUCAAAAGGGAGCAAGCCGAACGCGAAGCAAGAUAUUCUCGUCACGCUCACGGACAUGGUCGAUCCGUUACUGCUCUUGCAGCCUACGACGGACAGAGUGGGAGUAAAGAUAGGGGUGAUCCACAGACCUCGAAUGUUUUCGUGGCAAAUUUGCCGCCUCAUGUUACCGAACAAAGUCUAGGCGUCUUCUUUGCACGCAUUGGACCUGUAGGAUCGGUCAAAAUAAUGUGGCCCCGUACCGAUGCUACUGUGGGUCCGGGUGCCGAUAUGACAGCGUCUAGGCGAACCAAAAACAGCGGACUAAGUGGUUUUGUAUCAUUCAUGAGAAGGAAGGAUGCAGAAGAAGCCUUGCGUGAGCUUGAUGGCUUUGACUGGGGCGGCUCUAUUCUUAGAGUGGGUUGGAGCAAAGCUGUGCCCGUCGCGGCGAAGCCGAUGUAUGUCUCAAAUCUUCGCAAAACUCGCAGUCGAAGUCGCUCAAAGGAAAGAGGACACGGAGCAGAUUUUCGCGAUAGAUCCUCUCGGCGGUCGCGAAGUUCAUCAUGGAAUCGCAGUCGAUCCAGAUCCCCUCGCCAGAUGCGGUCCUACAGUCGCACACGACGUUCUCAUUCCCGUUCCCGUAGUCCAUCAGCUCGGCGUCGUUCGAACAGCCCAUCCUAUCGCGGUCAUAUAGACGAGAGUGAAGCUGUGACGGACACGUUUAUACGAGCUGUCGUCGCCGAGAUCAAAGGCCAAGGCAGUGAGUAUGAAAAGAAUCUUCGGUCGCGGGAACAAAACAAUCCAAAAUACGCAUUCCUUCGCCCAGACCAUCGACGUCAUGAAUACUAUCUCGAUUUAUUGCAAGAUCAGCGUGAAAUGUCACCCGAAUUCAUUGACGAUGGAUAUAACUCAGUUUAUUCGACCGAUUCCGCAGAAGAUUCAGAACGUGAAAGAGUACGCAAAACUGUGCUUGGCAAGUUUGCACGAAAGCGAUUCGAAGCAAUGCUUCGAGCGUUGACAGGCAAAAGAGGUGAAAUCGCCCGUUGUAUGGCGUUUAGCCUUGAGCACGCAGAAGCGGCGCACGAGGUUGCCGAUAUUAUCAUUGCCUCCUUACUUGUCGACAGUACCCCGGUGCCUCGAAAAGUCGCGCGUUUGUAUUUGAUAUGUGAUAUCCUACACAACUCUGCAUCCUCCGUACCCAGCGCCUGGAAAUUUCGUCAAGAGUUUCAAUCUAGGCUAGGGAUCGUUUUCGACCAUCUCGCCAAUAUCUAUCACUCAUUUCCGGGACGAAUCACGGCAGAGACGUUCAAAAAGCAGAUCACUACGGUGGUCGAUAUCUGGGAUGACUGGAUCGUAUUUCCUGCAGAGUAUACUGGGGAGCUUAGAUCCCGGCUAGAAGGUGCUGUCAAGUCAACAUUGAUACCAUCUGCAGACAAAAGCGAAACCCAGGACACCGGGCCCUCAUUCAGCUCCAAAUUCAAAACAAGCACUUUCCACCUUGCGUCUGCUGAUGCGGUGAAAGGAGACAUUGAACAGGAUGAUGAGCCUAUGGAUCUUGACAACGACGAUGCCCACGGAACAGAUGAGGAUGUCGAUGGCGAGCCGAUGGACACUAUCGAUGGUGACCCAAUGGACGAUGUUGACGGUGAACCUAUAGUAGACCACAUGGACAAGUCGCUAGGGGUCACUGUUGAUGACGAUCUUGAUGGUGUACCACUGGAUAAUUCAGAUGGUGUGGACAGUGUAGAUGGUGUUCCUUUGGAAGAUGUAUAGGGACAAAUAGCACAACAACUUCAGUCACAGCUGGCUCCUUAUGAAUAGUGUUUUAUUCCAACAUCAUAACUACGUUCCAAUUAUCCACUUAAA